AUGUCGUUCACAAAUGCGCCCGUCACGCGCAUCCUUGUCCUUGGCUUGGUUUCGAGCUCCAUAGCAGCUAGCCUAUUCGACGUAAAGCACUACUUCUACAUCAUUGUUGAUACUCAUCUCUGGCGGUACCAUCAGCUCUGGCGCCUCUUGACUUAUCAGCUAUGUUGUACGAACUCCAGUGAGGUGCUCUUUGCGUCAAUGACCCUCUAUCACUUGAGGGUUAUUGAGCAAAUUUGGGGUUCGAGGAAAUAUGCUUCGUUCAUUCUCGUGUCCGCACUUUUCACCGCCGUGGUUCCUCCAGUGUUCUUAUCAAUCGUGCUGCGGCCAUUAACCGCAGGACUGUUCAACUACAUGCCUGCCGGCCCUACCCCCAUCAUAUUCGCGAUUCUUGCACAAUAUCAUGCCGUUGUCCCACACAUCUACCGAUACCGCGUUGCAGCAUCCGCUGCACCGCCGACGAAUGACCAGUUUGUCGGACUUACCUUCUCUGACAAGUCCUACCGCUACGCGCUCGCCUUGCAGUUGGCGCUGUUCCAAUGGCCCGGCUCUCUACUCGGUGCUCUUGUUGGUUGGGUUGUCGGCUACUCUUGGAGAAACGACUUGCUGCCAGGUGCCAUGACGAAGUGGCGUCUCCCUGGCUGGAUGGUUGGAGUUAGGACGCAGGGGAGAAGGAGCGAGUUUGAGGGUCUUCGACGUCGACUGGAGGGUGAAGGAUCAACUGCCACGGCUUCUGGGGUCCAGGGCCAAGCCGAUGGUGAUACAGGACGGAGGAGACCAGCGGGCUCGGAUAGUCGCGAGGACUGA